ACGGUGAAAUUACCAGUCUAAAGAAUCUAACAUCUUUAAAUAAUUCAGAAGACAAAAAUCAAUUAGUUAACAAUAUCACUAUUAAUAAUAUUCGUUAUUAACAUCAUGCCUGUGUGUUCUAGCCGGGAACAGUGAGGUGUUGUAGCUCUGAACGCGAUGUAAACACGCGCUGGUCGGUGAGUUUGUGUGUUUAUUCUCCGCUAUGACUCUUCCAGCUCUUCAGAAAAACAGUGUUUUCUUCAGGAAGAUUCUCAGUCAGUUUCCUCAGGACUGCAGUCUGGCCUUUGCUUAUGGAUCUGCUGUUUUCAGUCAGAAUGGAAUCUGUCAAGGUCAGAUGAGGAAGAACAUGCUGGAUUUUGUGUUCGCCGUGGACGAUCCGGUCACAUGGCACACCCUGAACCUGAUGGAGAACCGCAAGCAUUACUCGUUCCUCAGGUUCCUGGGGCCGAAACGCAUCAGCAGAAUCCAGAGCGAGUGUGGAGCCGGAGUUUACUUCAACACACUGAUUCCUGCGGAUGACCGGUUGAUCAAGUACGGCGUCAUCAGCACCGAAGCUCUGAUCGAUGAUUUACUCCACUGGAAGACGCUGUACGUCGCGGGCCGAUUACACAAACCUGUUCGAGUUCUGCUGCAGAAUGAGAGUAGGAAACUGCGCUCCGCUCUCGUGGGGAACUUGAAGAGUGCCGUGACCGCCUCGUUCCUCAUGCUGCCCGAGAGCUUCUCAGAAGAAGACCUGUUCCUCCAGAUCGCAGGACUGUCCUACUCUGGGGAUUUCAGGAUGGUGAUAGGUGAGGAUAAAGCCAAGGUCUCCAACAUCGUGAAAGACAACAUGCAUGAUUUCCGCAGGUUAUACAGCAAGAUCCUUCAGGAGUGUCCUCAGGUGGUGUACAAGCCUCAGCAGGGCCGGCUCGAGGUGGACAAGAGCCCCGAGGGCCAGUUCACGCAGCUCAUGGCUCUCCCGCGCGCGCUCCAGCAGAACAUCACGGCGCUGGUGGACCGGCCCGGGAAGAACCGGGACGUGGAGGAGAUCCUGCUGCAAGUGGCACAGGACCCGGACUGCGGAUCCGUCGUACAGCAAGGAAUCUCAUCGAUAGUGAAAACUUCCAGUCUAACUCAGAGUGCCAAAGGAAUCGCCACCGCGGGUCUCUUCAAAACGGUGUCAUACAGCGCAAGAAAGCUGCAGAAAAUGUGGAGAGGCUGGCGUAGAAAACCCUCGUGACUGACAAUUAUUUCCAAACGCAUUUCACAAUAACUCAUAACCGUGUCAAACA